AUGCGCCUCAUCAACACCACUUCACUCGAAAUAGUCGAGUUCUUUGACAAUGACAUUCCAAAAUACGCCAUCCUGUCUCAUACUUGGGGCGAUGGAGACACGGAGGUCUCGUUCUCGGACUUUAGACGAGGCGAUCCCUUAACCAAGGCCAAGCCGGGCUACCAAAAGAUCGAGAAUGCUUGUAAAGAGGCAUCAAAGCGCAGUCUUCAUUACGUCUGGGUCGACACCUGCUGCAUCGAUAAGACAAGUAGUGCUGAGUUGUCCGAGGCUAUCAACUCGAUGUUCCAAUGGUACGAAGAAGCCGAAAUCUGCUUCGCCUACCUCGCGGACGCUACUUCGGCUACGGCACUUGAGCCUUCUGGGGCUUCCCGCUGGUUCACAAGAGGCUGGACUCUUCAGGAACUUUUGGCCCCUUCGAAAUUGGAAUUUUUCGACGAAGAUUGGGGAUUCAUCGCCAACCGACAAGACGCGGCAGAAGCCAUCAGCCUGACUACUGGCAUAGACCAAGUCUUCUUGACAGACACGUACGUUGGGUCUCGUCGCAAGUUGCUGGCGUCCGCAAGCGGUGCCACGAAGAUGAGCUGGGCUGCCGCACGGAAAACAAAAAGAAAAGAGGAUAUCGCAUACUGCCUACUGGGUAUCUUUGACGUUAACAUGCCGCUCAUAUACGGAGAGGGCAUGCGGGCAUUCACGCGACUUCAGCAGGAGAUUCUUCGCAGCUCCUUUGAUCCAACACUAUUGGCCUGGAACCGUGCGGACUUGGGUAUCGAUAUCAUGUUGACGAGUCCCCGAUUGGACUCCUCGCCUCGAGUCCAGCCCAGUUCCGGCACUGCAGAAACAUCACAACCCAUAGGAUCACAUGCGACUGGAACUUCAAAACUCAGGGGCUAG